AUGGCACCGUAUGAGGCACUGUAUGGAAGAAAAUGCAGGUCACCUAUAGGCUGGUUCGAUGUGGGUGAAACUAAGUUAAUUGGCCCAGAUCUGAUUCAGCAGGCAGUUGAGAAGGUGAAGCUUGUUCAAGAACGAUUAUUGGCAGCUGAAAGUCGACAGAAAGCAUAUACAGAAAACCGACGUCGACCUUUGGAGUUCCAAGUGGAUGAUUGGAUUGUCCGUAAGGUGGGCAAGGUUGCUUAUGAGUUGGACCUACCAGCUGAUUUAGAAGCAGUACAUCCGGUGUUUCACGUGUCUAUGCUUCGUAAGUUCAUUGGCGAUCCUUCCAGAGUGUUUCCUGUGCAGGACAUUCAGGUGACUGAGGAGCUAUCCUAUGAGGAACAGCCGGUGGCUAUUUUAGAUCAUCAAGUAAGGAGGUUACGCACCAAAGAUGUGGCAUCUGUCAAAGUAUUGUGGCGCAAUAACAACCGAGAAGAAAUGACUUGGGAGGCUGAGGAAGAAAUGAAGAAAAAGUAUCCUCAGUUGUUUUCUGCACCCACAGGGCUUGUAUUUCGGUAUUUACUUUAUCUCUGUAUGUUUGGAUAUGUUGGUCAGGGGUAUGACGGGGCCCUAUCCCGUCUUAUGACUGUGCUAUCAUCUGUAGAGGACAGGGGGAUGGAAUAUUCUAUAGCACUUACCAGGGUAGCCGGUCUGAUGUGGUGUUCUGUCAUAAGAGCAGCUGGUAUGGCUUCAGGGACCACCUCCUGA